AUGUCCGCCCCAUCGCCCAACGGCACGCCUGCCCAGCGCGUAGACUGGACGGCCCUCAAGUCGUACAUCGCCGAGAAGGAACGAUUCGAGGCGGAAAACGGCCACCCCGCUCCGCUCAGCGAGACGGAGCUCUCGGCCAUCGCCGUCCUCCUCCGCCCGGCCCCGCGAUCGGACCCGGAGCUCGGGAGCAAGAACUGGCUCGGCCUGCUGAACCAUUUCCAACAGGUUAGGAGCCAAAAGGUCACAUUCACAGACGUGUGCCGCGAGUACCCCCGUCUCGGGAAGGCCCCGGACCUGCGCUGGGCAUGCACGGCAACCUUUGCCAGCACCGGCGACAUCUUUCCGCAGCCUGGCUACGGCGUGGGCACCGACGCCGGCGCGAGCAUGCCGGACUUCCAGAGGAAGCAGGACGCGAAACAGUACGCCGCCAGGGCGGCUUGCGAGUGGCUCAUCGCCAACGGCCAGAUGCUGCCCUCGGGUGAUCUACCAAAGCAGCCCAAGCCCUUCGCGCCAGCCGCCUCAGCCGCCAUUGCUUUUGCUUCCCCGCUGGGCUCUGUUCUUCCUUCCAAGAGGUCACCGCCUAGCUCCCCUUCGGCCGGGGCCAGCGGUUCCUCGACAGCAGCAGCAAGGAAGAGGCAGGACACUCUACCCGCCAGGGCUUCCUCCUCCUCGCCUCCUCACCUCCCAAACAGCAGCGCUGGCGGGAUCAGCGCGCCCAACGUUGCAAAGGAACCCUCAGUCGUAGGCAAGAUAGCACCCUCUCCCCCAACACUAGCGUCCGACUCGGUUUCCUCCUCCGCGACAACAUCCACAGCAAGCACCCCCUCGGCCAAUGCCGGCGUCUCCAUUGCCGAAAGUCCCCCAGCCGCCUCCAACCCCUCAGAACCCUCAAUGUCCCAGAGGGUUCGCGAGCUCUGCGCCCGCCUAAAGUACCCGGUUCCUCACUACAAGCUCACCGAAGACACAACAAUAGCCGGGGGCGACUUCUGGAACGGCCAUGCGGACUUCAGCAACGACCUGCGCGUACCGGAUGACCUGGGCACCGUCUACAAGGUCCUGACGAAGAAGGCGACCAAGGAUCGCAUGUGCGCGGACAUUCUGGCGUGGCUGCUCCACGAGCAGGAGAAGAGGGAUAGGGUGGCCAAGGAGGCGCUGGCGGGGAAAGGGAGAUGA